AUGGGUGAUAGUUUCCAACAAACGAAUAAUUUUUCAAACUCCUUUACCUUGCCAAGUCCCAAUCCAACAACUGCUUCCCAACCAGAUGGUACAACACCAAACCCAUCAUUUGCUUCAGUUCCUUAUCCACCACAACAGACUCAACAAAGAACUACAACAAAUAAUAAUAUGGCACUUCCCCAACAAAAUAUGGGAUCUAUUCCACAACAAACACUAAAUGACCAAACAUUAUUACAACAAAAUAUUGUUCCAACUCAAUACUCUAAUCAACCUGUACAACAACCACAAGUUAAUCAACCUGUUCCUCAAGAAAAGCCAAAUGUAGACCAAAGCUCUAUGCCAGCACCUACUAUUAUUAGUUCACAACCAACAGCAUAUAAUAAUCUUAUUACUCCUCCAUCUUCACUUCAGCCAUUUACCUGUGCUGUUAGUAAUAAGUCUUCCCCAAAGAAUAUUAGAAUGAGUGUCUUUACACCUGCUUUUCAAGGUAAAAUGAUGAAAUUACUUGAAAUUCCAUUGUCAUGUGAAGUUACACCAUUUGCUAAAAUGUUUGAAGGAGAAAAAUUAGAAAGUGUAAAAGUUGAACCAAAGAAUAUUAAAAGAUGUCCAAGAUGUGGUGGAUAUGUUAAUCCAUUUUGUACUUUUGAAGAAGGGGGAAAAAAGAUGAAAUGUAAUUUGUGUGAAUAUUUAUCAGAUGUAGAUGAUAAUUAUUUCUCACCUCUUAGAGGAGAUGGAAAACGAGAAGACACAGAACGUAGAAUUGAAUUAAUGUAUGGAACAAAUGAAUAUGAAUUAGAAGGAAAAGACCCAGUUUAUAUAAAUAAAAGCUGUGGGGAGCCAAUGAAAUUUAUUUUCCUUAUUGACGUAUCAAAAGACUCUUUAACAAGAGUAUUUGAUUCUGUUAUGAAUGUUCUUCAAAAUGCACUUCAAAGUGUUCCUGAACUUGUUAAAACAUUAGAAUGUGGAUUUGUUACUUUUUCUAAUUAUAUUCAAUAUUGGGUUCUUGGUAGUACUCCACGUAUGGUUAAAGUCUGCGACAUAACUGAACCAUUUGUACCAUUAGCACCAAAGAAUUUCUUUAAACCAAUUUCUGAAGUAAUUGAAAUGAUUCCAAUGUUAAACCAAUAUAUCAGGAAAAAUAUUACUGAGGGUGUUAUUAAUGAUAAUUGUUUAGUUAGUGCUAUUGAAAGUGCUGCUCAAAUGAUUGGAACAACUGGUAAAAUUCUUGCAUUUACAACCUCUCAACCAAAUGAAGGAACUGCAGCUCUUAUUAGAAAACCAAGUGACAUUAGUUCUAAUCCACAAACACCAGCUAACCAAUAUAUUAAUCAAAUGGCAAAGAAAUUAAGUUUAAAUUGUAUUGGAGUAGAUUUGUUUGUUCUUCCAAAUAAAUUUAGUGACAUUGUAACUAUUGGAGAAAUUCCACGAUAUACAGGAGGGGAAUUAUUUUAUUAUCCAAAUUAUAAUACUAAAAACCAAAUUAAAUUAACUAAAGACGUAUUAUCAUCUUUUGAUAUGGAUUGUGGAUUUGAUGUUGAAGUAAGAGUUAGGUCAUCUGCUGGUGUAUUUAUUCAAGAUUAUUUAGGAGAUGUAAUGCCAUGUAAAGAUAUGAUUGAUACUGUAAGAAUUGGAUACAUGAACAGUAAAAAGAGUAUUAUUGCAUUAAUGGAUUAUGAUGAUGAACUUAACAAUUAUGUUGGAUUCUUUAUUCAAGCAGUAAUUUUAUACACCGACAUCUUUGGUCAAAAGAAAAUUAAAAUCUUUAAUGGAUUUUAUAGUACUGCAACAGAAUUAGCUGAUGUUUUUAAGAAAGCAGAUUCAGAUGUAAUUCUUAACACUUUGAUAAGACAAUCUAUCAAAGCUGGUAAUUUCUCAUCAGACGCUGGUUUAAACAUUGAAUUACUUGACAAAACAGUCUCAAUUCUUACUGCCUAUAGAAAACAUUGUAGUGCUCAUGCUAAAUCAUCAAUUCUUUUACUUCCAGAGGCAUUAAAAUUAGUGCCUAUAUUUGUUCUUGGUGCAAUGAAAACUUCUGCAUUUAUGCCAUUUUUCCAAUUAAACUCUAUGUCUACUGGGUAUGGAAUCAAUGGAAUUAUUAGUGAUUUGAAAUUUGCUUCAAUACAUCAAACUACAUCUAUUUCUAUAGGAUCUUUAUUAAGGCAAUAUUAUUAUAAUGCCUAUGAUGUUACUGGUCAUUUAAGUGGAAUAGUAACUUCUGAUAAUUUCUCUGAUGAUUCAUUUAAAGUUCGUUUAUCUGAGAAAAAUUUUGCUGAAGAUAAAGUAUACCUUAUGGACACUGGAAAGGAUUAUAAACUUUUCGUAGGAAAGAAUGUUUCUGAUGAAAUUAAAACUAAUUUGUUUGGUCAACCAAUUGACUUAAUGAAUAACCAACAAGACUUCACUUCUUUAGUUUAUUCAAAUGCAUUGUCUCAACCUGAUAAUUUGUUGACUAAAUUGAUUUAUUGGCUUGCUGGAAUGACUUUUACUCCAAUGGUAGCCCUUGAAGUAAUUCCAUUCAAUAAAAUGGAUUUAUCUCCUUUUAUGCUUGAAGAUAAAACAAUGAAAGGUGUUGCCUAUUUUGAUUUGCUUGUGUAUUACCACAAAAAAAUCCAAAAAAAAUUAGCAAAUUAA